AUGGGUGUUGAGGCCGCCUCUCUGCAGGAGCGCCUGGAACGAUGGGCGCAACGACUGCAAAACCUCACCGUUUCUCCUCUGACUCGUGACUAUCCCGAUAAUCAGCAGCAGGAGCUUCCCAAGAGGGCAAUUGAGGCCUUUGAAUCUAUCAAACUCCCUCCCGGUGCGCAGUCAGGUCUGAAAAAACUGUCCGGAGAUGCGUCCGGCUUCACCGUCUUCUUGGCCGCUUAUGUUGUUCUUGUCGCUCGUCUCACCGGUGACGAGGAUAUUGCCAUUGGUACCAGCAACGGCGAUGACGGCCGUCCAUUCGUUUUAAGAGUCCCAAUUGACGCCUCCGAGACGUUCCGUCAGCUUUAUACCAAGGUUCAGGAUGCGUUCAACCAGGGCUCUUCUGACAUCGUCCCUUUGGGUAGUCUGCGGACUUUCAUCCAGGAAAAGUCCCAGUCAGAACGCUCCCCGAUCCUUUUCCGCUUCGCUGCCUACGAUGCCCCCGCCGUUUCCCAGGAAUACCCCGCCAACACCUUCGAGACUACAGACCUGGUGGUCAAUAUCUCUCCCGCAACGGGUGCCACGGAACAGGCGGAGUUGGGAGCUUACUACAACCAAAGAUUGUUUUCGAGUGCAAGGAUUUCCACAAUUUUGAAGCAGCUGGCUCAGAUUGUUCAAAAUGCCACCAACGACCCGGAGCAAGCAAUCGGACGGAUCGACUUCAUGACGGAAGAGCAGCGGGCUCUUCUACCGGACCCGACAUCUGAUCUGAAAUGGUCCAAGUUCCGGGGGGCCAUCCAUGAUAUCUUCGCUGAUAAUGCAGAGAAGCAUCCGGACAAGCUGUGCGUGGUGGAAACGAAGUCUGAACAAGCUCCUCACCGCCAAUUCACGUACAAGCAGAUUAAUGAAGCCUCUAAUAUUCUGGGCCAUCAUCUGGUUCAGUCCGGUGUUCAGAGAGGUGAGGUCGUCAUGGUUUACGCCUAUCGUGGUGUUGACCUUGUGGUGGCCGUCAUGGGUAUUCUGAAGGCUGGCGCAACUUUCUCCGUCAUUGACCCUGCCUAUCCCCCCGAGCGCCAGUGUAUUUACCUCGAUGUCGCCCGCCCUCGUGCACUCAUCAACAUUGAGAAGGCCACCAAGGACGCUGGUGAGCUGUCGGACAUGGUGCGUUCUUUCAUCAACGAGAACCUGCAGCUUCGCACAGAGAUUCCAGCUCUGUCCCUUCAGGACGACGGCUCCCUUCUGGGAGGAUCGAUCAAUGGCCAGGAUGUCCUUGCCAACCAAGUGCCACUGAAAUCUCAACGUGUUGGCGUAGUCGUGGGCCCCGAUUCCACCCCCACUCUCUCUUUCACCUCUGGCUCCGAGGGCAGACCCAAGGGUGUUAAAGGACGUCAUUUCUCUUUGGCAUACUAUUUCCCUUGGAUGUCGGAGACGUUCAAGCUCACCCCGGAUGAUCGGUUUACAAUGCUCAGCGGUAUUGCUCAUGAUCCUAUCCAAAGAGAUAUCUUCACUCCGCUUUUCCUGGGAGCCCAGCUGUUGGUUCCGGCCCGGGAGGAUAUCCAGAAUGAGCGCCUUGCUGAAUGGAUGCGUGAAUACGGCGCUACUGUCACUCAUCUCACUCCCGCUAUGGGUCAAAUCCUGGUCGGUGGUGCGUCGGCACAGUUCCCGGCUCUUCAUCACGCUUUCUUUGUCGGUGAUAUCCUGAUCAAGAGAGAUUGCCGGAACUUGCAGUCUUUGGCCCCGAACGUCAACAUCGUCAACAUGUACGGAACGACAGAAACCCAGCGUGCCGUCAGUUACUAUGAAAUCCCCAGCUACUCGAGCAAUGAAGGCUUCCUCGACACCAUGAAGGAUGUCAUCCCAGCUGGUCGGGGAAUGGUUGAUGUACAAAUGCUGGUCGUCAACCGCUUUGAACCCAGCCGUCUUUGUGCAAUUGGAGAAGUGGGCGAAAUCUAUGUUCGUGCUGCCGGUCUGGCAGAAGGCUACCUUGGCUCUCCGGAGCUGAAUGAGAAAAAAUUCCUGACCAACUGGUUCGUUGAUCCUCAAACUUGGAUUGAGAAGGAUAAGGCGGAAUCUCAAGGGGCGAAGGAGCCUUGGAGAGAGUUCUACGUGGGACCUAGAGAUCGCCUUUACCGCAGCGGAGACCUGGGCAGAUAUACUCCCUCCGGUGAUGUUGAGUGCUCAGGACGUGCCGAUGACCAGGUCAAGAUUCGUGGGUUCCGUAUUGAACUUGGGGAGAUCAAUACUCAUCUUUCUCGUCACCCUAUCGUCCGGGAAAACAUUACUCUCGUACGGAGAGAUAAGUUCGAGGAACCCACUCUGGUGAGUUAUAUUGUGCCAGAUAUGUCCAAGUGGGCCUCGUGGUUGGAACAGAGGGGUCUCAAGGACGAUGACUCUGCCGAAGGAAUGGUCGGUAUGCUCCGACGUUUCCGACCCCUUCGCGAGGAUGCUCGAGAGCUUCUGCGCAGCAAGCUGCCAGCUUAUGCUGUGCCGACUGUGUUCAUCCCGCUCAAGCGUAUGCCUCUCAAUCCGAACGGCAAGAUUGACAAGCCAGCAUUGCCCUUCCCGGACACUGCGGAGCUUAGUGCCGCCGCCCCUCGCCGCAAGUCGUCAGUUCUGCAGUCGCUCUCCGAGACUGAGCAGGCUGUGGCCCAGAUCUGGGCUCAGCGCAUUCCCAACAUCACCGCUCGCAUGAUCGGACCCGACGAUGCGUUCUUCGAUCUGGGAGGACACAGUAUUCUGGCUCAGCAAAUGUUCUUCGAUUUGAGACGCAAGUGGCGUGGCAUCGACAUCAGCAUGAGUGCUAUUUUCCGUUGCCCUACUCUCAGAACAUUCGCUGCCGAGAUUGACCGUUUGUUGAGUGGCGAAUCGUUUGCUAUUGAUAAUAACGACGCAGCUGGCGCAGGAGCCUCCGCGGCCACUUCUGAGCCGGAUGAUGAGUAUUCCAAGGAUGCCCGCAAGCUGGUGGAGACUCUUCCCCAGUCGUUCCCUGAGCGGACCGAGCCCAUGCUGUCUGGCGAGCCGACGAUCUUCCUUACGGGUGCCACUGGGUUCCUCGGUGCCCACAUCCUUCGUGAUCUCCUCACUCGCAAGUCUCCCUCUGCGAAGGUUGUAACGCUGGUCCGCAGCAAGACCGAGCAGCAGGCUCUCGAGCGUAUCCGUUCCACUUGCCGCGCUUACGGCUUCUGGGAGGAGUCCUGGACGAGCCGGCUGCAAUGCGUCUGUGGUAACUUGGGAGACCCUCGUUUCGGUCUCUCCGAGGCUGUGUGGAAUGACUUGACCGAGCGCGUGGAUGCCGUCAUCCACAAUGGUGCCCUGGUCCACUGGGUCUACCCCUACUCUACCCUGAAGCCCGCGAAUGUUUUGGGUACCAUUGAUGCGCUGAAACUCUGUGCCUCUGGCAAAGCCAAGCAGUUCUCUUUCGUCAGUUCUACCAGUGUCCUUGACAAUGAUCAUUACGUCGAGGAAUCGGAGCGGAGUAUCGCGGCUGGCGGAGCUGGUAUCAGCGAAGAUGAUGAUCUUGAAGGCAGUGCUGUCGGGCUUGGAACUGGCUACGGCCAGAGUAAGUGGGCCGGCGAAUACCUUGUGAGAGAAGCCGGCAAGCGCGGUCUGAAGGGAACUGUUGUCCGUCCUGGUUACGUGUUGGGUGACUCCAAGACCGGAACCACGAACACGGAUGACUUCCUGAUCCGAAUGAUCAAGGGAUGUAUCCAACUUUCUGCCCGCCCCAACAUCAACAACACGGUCAACAUGGUCCCUGUUGACCACGUUGCCCGCGUUGUCAUUGCCGGUGCUUUCCAGCCUCCUUGUCAGCCGAUUGGAGUUUCGCAGGUUACCGGUCAUCCCCGUCUCCGUUUCAACCAGUUCCUGGGCGCUCUCCAGCUGUAUGGCUACAACGUGCCUCAGGUUGACUACAUCCCGUGGUCGAAGCUGCUGGAACAGUACGUCAACGACGGCGAGCAUGACGAUCCGGAAUCGCAACACGCCCUUAUGCCCCUUUACCACUUCGUCACCGCAGACCUGCCGUCUAAUACCAAGGCUCCCGAACUGGACGAUGUCCACGCCGCUGCUUCUCUGCGUGCCGAUGCCGCUUGGUCCGGCGUGGACGUGUCUGCGGGUGCAGGAGUGACGGAGGAGCUCGUGGGACUGUACGCUUCGUAUCUUGUGUCGACGGGAUUCCUGCCUGCACCUCCCGCUUCUUCGGACAGUCGCCCGCUGCCAGCAGUUACGCUCUCGGAAGACCAGAAGGCUGCUUUGGCGAACGUUGGUGGCCGUGGUGGUAGCUCAUGA